AUGGAAAAGAACAAUGACCAUUUGAAAGAGUCACAGACUCAGCCUUCCAAUAACGGCUGCGGCAAACCUGAAACCUCAAGCCCACCAGACUCAAGCACAACAGACUCAUCCAGUCCGCCUCCACCAUACGUCCAGCCUAUCCCCAUUCCCACUUCCCCUCGCCCUCGAGCACCAACCCAAUGUUCAGCGCUGGUGACCAGUCUGCCGUUUCGGCCCCAUCCACGAACAGUCACGUCGUCUUCGUGGCAGGCCCGGCCCAAGGAGACCACCAUCGGCGGCCUGCAACAGGAUUCGGUGCCAGACAUUGUUGUCCAAAGGGGCUUUGGCACCCUGAUCCACAGGCCGCCCACGCCCAAACCGGUGUAUGCCGAAUUUGGCGGACGCUGGUGCUGUACGGAUGAAAAUAAUGACUCGAGAGAUGCGGGCCGAGAAGAGGGCCCAAGAGAGGCUGCCGAACGUGAUGGUAAUGAAAAUUAG